AUGGCGACUUCCGGUGUGGAACAACAAAGAUGGCCGCUGGUGCAAGUUUCGAUCGAGCACCAUUGUUCACAGCUGCUCUUCUCAAACUUUGCUGCCGUUUACGUUGACAGCGCUGCCAUCAAUUUAAUUCAUAUCUAUCUAUCUAUCUAUCUAUCUAUCUAUCUAUCUAAGUCUAUUCAUAUCUAUCUAUCUAUCUAUCUAUCUAUCUAUCUAUCUAUCUAUCUAUCCUUGUCUGUUCCUAUCGAUCUCAAUCUGUUCAUAUCUAUCUGUCUGUCAAAGCUCAUAGAUAAUAUAAAUAAUAAUAAUAAUAAUUCGUUCCUUAUUCUUCUUUACUUGUCAAAUAUUUUCUUUCCUUCUUCUUCUUCUUCUUCUUCUUCUUCUUCUUCUUCUUCUUCUUCUUCUUCUCAUCCUCCUCUCCCUUCUUCAUCUUUUUGUACUCGACAGAUACAUACCUUUCAUCUUUUCUUUUCCCAUUCUUUUCAUCAAUAUUCCAUCUGUUUCUCUUUCUUUUAUCAUGUAAACCUUUUCUUUCUUUCUUUCUUUCUUUCUUUCUUUCUUUCUUUCUUUCUUUCUUCUUCUAUUGCUAAAAUAGGUAUAUACCUUUUAAAUCAUUUUACUUUUUUCCUUAUUUCCAUCCAUAUUUCCUUUUUUUCUCCUUCUUUUUUCCAAAACACUUUUUCUUUUUCCUUCUUCUGUUCAUCAAUAUUUGUUUCUUUUUCUCCUUGCUGUCUUCUCAGACAUUACCUCCUCCUUCUCAGCCUACUCUUUCUUCUUCUUCUUCUUCUUCUUCUUCUUCUUCUUCUUCUUCUUCUUCUUCUUCUUCUUCUUUGUCGUCGUCGUCGUGCGUGUUUCUUCUUUUUGUAA